CGUCAGCGUUGCAAGUUGAUGGUACGAUUGAAGAUAAUCUUAAUAAUGUAAACGAAAACUAUUUAGCCACAAUUUUCUCUAUAAGAAAAUCGAUCUAAGUAUAUGUUAAUAAGUGUAAUUUAUUGGUUGUUAUGUUUAAUUUUUAUUUAUAUUCAUAAAUAAAUUUAAAUUUGGUGACAUCGUUGAUAAUCAAACAAAGAAAGUUUUGUUUGCAAGUCUGAGGUGAAAGUGUGUUUAAUAUGUUGCGUUCCAAAUCGUGAAGACAUGUUCCUCGUCUAUCGUCCAUAUAGUGUUAAUUAAUCAGGUACCUCCAAUUAAGGUGGGCAGGUCAAGUGUAAGAAUUUUGUCAUUUUCCUUGUGUUUCUAACAUAAAUUCAAAGAUGAGUCUCACGAUGGAACCCAAAAGUGACCUAGAAUUUAUACUCAAAAAUUUACUAGCUGGUGGUGUAGCAGGUAUGUGUGCAAAAACUACAGUUGCUCCAUUAGACCGUAUCAAGAUACUGUUACAAGCGCAGUCAGUACACUACAAACAGCAUGGUGUGUUUGGAGGACUUAUGGCUAUUGUUAAACAAGAAUCAUUAAUUGCAUUAUAUAAAGGAAAUGGUGCUCAGAUGGUUCGGAUUUUCCCAUAUGCUGCGACCCAGUUUACUAGCUUUGAAAUUUACAAAAGGUAUCUGAGCGGUCUGAGUAUACCGCUAGUUCAGCACGGUGACAAGUUCGUAGCGGGCGCGGGCGCCGGCGUGACGGCGGUCACGCUCACGUAUCCACUGGACACAAUUCGGGCGAGACUCGCUUUCCAAGUGACAGGCGAACAUCGAUAUACCGGGAUAGUGCAUGCUGCCACAACGAUAUUUAAAACUGAAGGCGGUAUUCGCGCACUAUACCGUGGCUUCGUGCCCACGAUGGUGGGUAUGGUGCCGUACGCUGGCUUCAGUUUCUACUGCUUCGAGUCGCUCAAAUUCUUCUGUAUGAAAUAUCUGCCUAGCACGCUGUGUCGCAAAUGCGAAAGGAAUACAGGUGGACUGGUGUUAACAGUUCCCGGCAAGCUAGUAUGUGGCGGGCUGGCGGGUGCAGUCGCGCAAUCCGUGUCCUACCCGCUAGACGUCACACGGCGACGUAUGCAGCUCGCCUGCAUGCAUCCAAGUACCGCCAAGUUCGGAAGCACGGGCAUGGUGAAAACUCUGACGCUGAUAUACCAAGAUAAUGGUAUAGUGAAGGGCCUGUAUCGAGGCAUGACCAUCAACUACAUCCGCGCCAUCCCCAUGGUGGCGACCUCCUUCUCCACCUACGAGCUCAUGAAGCAACUCCUUCACCUCGACACUGGGAUGAAACUGUCAUAGACGAACCAGCUACUUCUAACGUCGAUAAAAACCUAACACAGUAUAUAUACAAAGAACUAUUGUUAGAAUAUUGAGAAUAUUUUGAGACAUAAAUGAAGUUUAAAGAGGUGUAAAUUAAAUUUUAAAUAGUGAAAAAAUAUGUUAUUAUUUUUUGAGUAAUUUUGCUUUGUGUUUUUGUUAUUUAAUGUAGAGUUUAUGUCGAUAAUAAUUUAAUAUACUUUGAUUAAAUGUAAGUAAAGUAAUAACGAAACUUUAAAUUUACAGUACAGUACCGUACCAAUUUAUGUCCAAAAGUUAGGUUAUUUCGAUAUUUUUUUGUGAGGCUUCGUGUAUAUAGUAUUCAUAUGCAGUGUAUAAUAUUUUUUAAUAGACUACGGACUUAACAAAGUAAGAAACUCGCUUCAAACUUUUUUUAAUUAAAAAAGUGGACAUUUUAUUUAAAUUGACCAUAGACAGCAAGUUUACUUAUAAUCUCUUCACAAAAUGCUAUAAUUUGUAUUAAAUAAAAUAAUUAUUUAUUAAAAUUACGAUAAGAAUUUAAUUCCCUAAUUGAUAGCGAUUGCCUUUUUUCGGCCAUUUAUAUUAAAAACAAAUUUGUGUAAUUUUUACAAACUGACAAUAAAUACAAAUAAAUAAAUCCGUGUAUACUAUUAUACAUAAUAUUUAAUAAUAAUAAUCAAUGUGUAGAUCACAUAUUGAUUUUAUUAUUAUGACUGCUAACAUUCUAAGGAGUUUUUGUUAAUUUUUAGGAUAGUCAACUACCUGUCCCUUUCUUAUAAUAAAUAUAAACAGAGAAGCUAAAACCAGUCAGGCUACAAUAUAUAUAAGUAGGUAAAACUUGAAUUUGUUAAAGAACUUUUUCAUACUUUUGUAUGUGUAUUAUACUAACUGAACCUGCGGCUUCACGGCUCUUGACAUGAAAUAAUUAUAAUUAUUUGACACAAUUAUUAUAUGACCUCUAAAAAUUACUAAUACAGUAUUUACCCCUUGCGUAUUAACAAGAUAAUCUAAUAAAAAGCUUGAAUUUUUUAAUGUCCUGUACGUAUUUAAAGUACAUAUAUAUACUUGUUAUUAUAUAUGAAUAACAAUAAACAAUGGUCCAUCUCAGAUAAAACAUAUCCAGAUAAAAUACAUCCCAGUAUUACAGACAAGCAAAGUUAAAAGUUUAAACAUAGGUAAUCCAAGAAUGUUUUAAUUUAAUUGUACUGUUUUAGUUGUUAAAAUUUAUUUGAAAUAAUUAUAUUGUUACUUUAUUUUUAACCACUUAGUCAAAAUUAUAUUUGUAUAGUAAAAAUACAAAUUACAUUUUAUAGAUAUAUUUAAAAAUCAUAUUAAAUUUGGUGUUUAAUGGUUAGUACACGGAUAAAUGUAUACUUAAAAUUUAUAUUAAUCGUUAAGGGCAGGGUAGGACAUAAAAAGAAAACACAUAAAGUGAAGUGAACGUUAAAAAUUAAUGACAUAAGGAAGAUACAUUAUUGUGCUCUCUAUUUACCGUAUUUUUUGAAAAUGUUAUCAAAAAGUAUUAAGAAAUCACUUAAAUUAAUGUUUUUGUAUCCUCUAACUUUUAUGACAGAAACAGAUUUUAUCUGUGAUAUAUUAUUGAAUUUUAAAUUUAACAGCUUGUCGUUUAACCGUUUCGCGGGCGUUUAGUUAAACGUCUAUCAUUGAGUGUUUAUCGUGUUUUGGAAGGUUUACGCUAUAUAGCAUUGUUUAACUAAUCUUCCAUAACUCAUUUAUAGGUAAAGCCUCAUUUGUAAUUUCCAUAUCAAAGUGACUUUGUUAAAACUUCAUUCAAGUCUCUGAGGCUUACUGAUAACCUAUCAUGUCAAACGUAAUUAAAACUGUUAAAAAAGUAUUAAUCGUAAUAAACAGCACAGAAUGCCUUGUAAAUUAUAAUAAGUAGGUAGA